CGAUUGGUCCCCGGUGUUCCCAAGCCAACAAGCGAGCGCAUACUUUCUCUCGGGGAAUGUACAGUCCGCUCGUAGUGCUUGUGCGUGGAACCGCGUUCCGUGAAGGCCGAUUCGGUUUUCUAGCCGCAUUUCCGUCACAAAAGACGACGGCGCGUCAGAGGAACAUAAUAUUCUCGGCGAAUUCACCAUAAUAUCAAAACGCAAGACAUCGCCGUUAUUCGCGAUCGCCAACCGUUAUUCGUGACACCAUAUCGGACUCAUUCACGGAUCAUUGACUUUGCUCGGACUCGCCUGAUUAUGAGCAUUGGAUCAGAGCUACCAGUUGUACAUAAUCCACUCCGAUCAUCUGUCCAUUCCGUCAGUUUCUCUCCGCUUGUGAUCUCUCGAUUUCUUAGUCAUUUCUCGAUAAAAGUCAGUGACAUGUUCUCGAAUAUUUAGGAGAAAAAUGAAGCGAUGGCGAGCGAGAACGAAAAGAACGGAGAGUGCUCUCGUGAUGCUUCUAGGAUGUUUGCUAUUUUCUUACGCUUAUGCGCAAGAAGAUAAUGGAGAAUAUAAGGGAAAAUAUUUGGGAAAGUUAAAUCCCUAUCAUCAUCAAGUUUCUGGUGAUGUUUGGGCUGUGGAUCAAUAUACCUUACUGUUGACGUCCUUUAAUUAUGAUGGUAAUGGAGCUGAUACGUUUUUCUGGGCAGGAGCAUCGAAUAGACCAGGCCCGCAAGGAUUUAUCGUCCCCGAUGAGUGGGGCAAGACAAAUAUAUUAGAUCGCUAUUUGAACCGGUAUUUUACACUCACCUUACCCGAUAAUAAGAAAAUAACGGAUAUAAAAUGGUUUGCAGUGUACGAUUUACAAAGUCAAAACACCUUCGGUGAUGUGUACGUUCCGGAGGAGUUUGAUCCACCCGCGCCACAAAAGAUAUCACAGCUGUCGAAAAGAUCUCACAAUGUUUCGUCAGAACCCAUCGUGAUUUUGGACUCAAAAACUAUCAGCAUAUCACAAUUUAUGUACGAUGGGCAAGGUGUGGACACGUAUUUCUGGGUCGGUCUUGGUCCACAACCAUCUAGCAAGGGUCACAAAGUACCCGAUGAAUAUGGAUACAUGGAUUCUCUUAGAACAUACAAUAACGAAGACAUCAUACUAGAACUGCCAGGCGAUAUGACGGUUUUCAACAUAGAUUGGCUGAGUGUUUUUGAUGUAAAAACUAAAUCGAAUUAUGGUUCUGCUAUUAUACCCGAUGGACUCAAUGUACCGCCGUCGUUGAUAAAAAUUAUCAAGCAAACGCAGUCUCUUCCGAAUUGCGUUCAGCUGCACAAACGAUAUCAAGUUGCCUGGGAAAUCUUCGGCCCGCAGAUUACCAUUCAAUUGGUAGGUCAAGUCGCCGAAGAUGAGUAUAUGGCUUUUGGAUUGUCCGGUUCGGAAAACUCCAGUCAAAUGGAAGGUUCGGAUGCAACCAUCGCAUAUAUGGACGAUACCCGUGGAUACGCUACGGACUAUAAUAUCACAGCAAAGACACCAUGUGGGAAAGUUCUUGGUCAGUACAAAGGCGUUUGCAGAGACGAGCUUCUCGGCGGUUUGGAUAGCAAUCAGCUCUUCACCGCGGUGAGAGAGAACGGUAUCAACAUCAUUACGUAUAGGCGUACACUUGUUUCAUCCGAUCCCGGAGACAAAGAAUUCCCUAUGGAUAAACCAGUAUACGUGGUCUGGGCUUUAGGCAGACUCGAUAAAACUAAUAACGAACCGAGCUUUCACGAUUUGUAUCCGAGAGGCGAUGUAGUACUCGAACUAAAUCGUAAAGAAGCAGAGAAUGCUUGUAUCGACUUUACGGAGACCAGCAGCAAACUUUCUCAAAAAGAACCUUGGCAGAAAGCCGAAAUAAUCGACAGAAGCGUUCGAACUUUCAAAGCAACUAUCGGACCCUCCGGAGGAAAAAGAGGAUAUCAGGGAAUUACGGGGAAACCAUCAGUGGGUCUUGCCUGGUACAUCGAAGGCGCGUUGAUACCUGAAUUGUACUUACGUCGCGGAUUAACAUAUAGCUUUCAUGUUUAUGGCGGGAACAAUCCGCACAGCGCAAAUCUGUACCAUCCUUUAAUAAUAACCGAUGAUCCUCACGGAGGAUACGACACGCUCAGCGAUCUUGCGCAAAGUAAGAUCAGAGUGUUGGCUGGAAUUGAAUUGACUAGAAGGGGUCGACCGCGACCGACCGCGGUCGGGCCGCUUUGUUUAAGUAAGCAUAAAGGUCGAGAUAGAAGACUGGACGAUACUUUUCCGUCGUUUAAGAAAUUCAAUAGGACUCUCAUGCAAAUCUGCGAACCAGGAGAUGGAGGCACUUUAAUAUUGACUCCGAACUCGUCAUGGCCCGAUCUGGUUUAUUAUAACUCGUUCACUCAUCCAAACAUGGGAUGGAAGAUUCACGUAAUCGAUUCUUAUACAAGGAGUAAUGCGAUUGCACAUAAAUUGUCAUUAUCAUUCAUUGCAAUUACGACUGUGUUCUCUUAUCUAUUAUAACAUUAAGUAUAAUUUAUAAAAACAUAUUGUAUUAAAUAUUUUUUUCAACUUACAGAAAGAUUACAGAUUGAAUCAGGAUUCGCAAAUUGCACGAUUUAUGCCAAACUAACAUAUACAUCGCGAUGUUACAAUAUAAAAAUGAUAAAUCAUCGUGUACUAUUUUUCUUGACCUAUAUUAAGCAACUACUCCUAAUAGUUCCUACACAAUAAGUUGCAUUCGUUACAAUUUUGUGCGUUUAUGUGCCUCUUGUGAGACAUGGGAAAUUCGGGAUUGUUUAUUGGACAGGAAUCAGGGAAUUCGGACUACGUUUAAAUAAAUUCAUCGAUAUUUAACAAUUGAAAUAGUUGACGUGUAGCUUUUAUUGGAAAUAUAUAU